AACCAACGUACCCCCUGAAAACCCCCUAAAGUUACUUGGGUACUUGACGAUUGACGUAUUUUCCAUCUGCAUUCCAACUUUUUUUUCUUGGCUCUUUUUCUUCGUCCAACUUCAAUGAAAUAUCCAUCCCGACAAGAAACGAACAAAUAAACAGGUGAACAGAUGAACAACGAUACACGAGCCAGUCGUACAAUAACGAACGACAGCACAGAGCGUAUGUGCCGAUCCUACCAACCCUCCAUAUCGGAACCGCCUCCGUAAAAGUUACCCUAGGUCUGUCUAAAGGUCUUAGGUAAUAUUUACGGCAGACAGAUGAAACGAGUCCCAGAACGAAUGUUGCCAUCUUGAACCCGAAAGCAAAUGCCGCGCUUUCCCGCGCUCUUCCGCCUUCCCUCCAAGCUCCGGCGGCGGGCCCGACGUCGGAGGAUGACCACCCUGCUCUUCCUCAUCCUCAUCCUAACCCUCCUCCUCGUGCCCUUCUACAUCGUCUACAAGCCGCCGCGGUCGCUGAUCCGGUACUUCGCGCACCGGUGGCCGGACGUGUUAUGGGAGGUGCAGACGGACAAGAAGAUAGUGGCGCUGACGAUCGACGACGCGCCCUCGGAGCACACGCAGGAGAUCCUAGCGGUGUUGAACGGGCACGAGGCGACGGCCACCUUCUUCGUCAUCGGCGGCCAGGUGCCCGGCAGGGAGGAGACGCUGGCGGAUAUCGUGCGCAGCGGCAGCGAGCUGGGCAACCACGCGAUGCACGACGAGCCCUCGCGCGCCCUCUCCGACGACGACCUCACCCUGCAGAUCGAGACCGUGCGCGACCGCAUCCGCGAUGCCUACUCCACCGCCAACAUGGACCCGAACCCGCAGAUGCCGCCGCAGUACUUCCGUCCCGGCUCCGGCUUCUUCAGCGAUCGCAUGCGCGCUCUCGUUGAUAAGCUCGGGUACAGGCUCGUGCUGGGGAGCGUCUACCCGCACGACCCGCAGAUCAACUGGGCCUGGCUCAACGCGAGACAUGUCCUGAGCAUGGUGCGGCCCGGCGCGAUUAUUAUAUGUCACGAUCGGAGAGGCUGGACAGCGCCGAUGCUAAGAAAGGUGUUGAAACAACUUACAAAGGACGGAUACCGUGUGGUGAGCUUGACGGAGAUGUUGGAAGAAACACGGCAACGCUAAGUGUCGUGCCGCGGUGGAUUAGGAAACGUGGUUACGAUCCUACAGCAAUACUAUUUUCUAAUAAGAGGCGGGUUAUGGUAGGGCACCAGACCGUCUGCCAUGCAUUUAAGGGUAUAGGAGCACUAGACGGCGUAAUAGGGGUGUUUGUACCUAAGACCUGGGUAUGUCAUGGGUAUUGGAAGGCUAAUAGUACCCCCCAUGUGUGGCAUUGUAUAUAGAGAUUUUUAAUUCAAUGAUGAAUGAGAUAUAGAAGGUAUGGCACCGCUUAGAUUGGGUGUGUUGGCUUAAGGGCUAUGGGGAGAAUGGUAGAUCUCUUAGGAGAUAGACUAUGAAUCUACCAAAAUUCAAUAUAUACUUAAUUA